GCCCUGCCCAAACCACAAAGAGACAAAUUUAGCUCCGACGGCCCCACGAGGCGCGUGCCGGGCGUCUUGGAAUGGGCACACUAUGUGGUGAGGAUGGCAUUGGCAUGACGACGAACUGAAUGGUUCAUUUUCACUCACAUCCACCCACCACUGCACUACCCCUCAAUUCUGAAGGCCCAAACCACCACCACCAACAACAACAAACUAACAAUCACUCCGCCAUAAACCACUCCCCAGUCCCUUCGAACCCCCUCGAUGGCCUGAACUUCCUCUAGUUUCCAAGUUCCCUAGCACAACAUGGAAUCAAUUCCUUACACGAUCCCUUCUUCCAAGCUCCAAUCACUACUUUCUUACAAAACACCCACCAGAACUCGAUCCUCCAAGCUCCUCCCUCUUCACCCUCCCCCACUUCCAAUCAAACCCUUCUAUUAUUCACCUAAAUGCCUCCCUCUCCGUCACCAUCGCCUCCGCUGCCUCGCUCACUCCAACGCUAACCACCACCAUCACAGCCACAGCGAUCAUAACCACCACGAGCACGAGCACGAGCACGACCAUCACCAUCACCACCACCACCACCACCACCACGCGCAUCAUGCCAUCGACAGCGCUAACCUCACGGGACCACAACGAGCGAUCAUCGGGUUCGCGAAAGCCACGAGGUGGAUGGACUUGGCCGAUUUCUUAAGGGAGCACUUGCAUCUUUGCUGCUUCUCCACAGCUUUAUUCGUGGCAGCUGCCAUUUGCCCUCACACUUUGCCAAAGCCUCUCGUUAAGCGCUUCCAACACUCCCUCAUCAUCCUUGGAUUUCCUUUGGUUGGGGUUUCGGCUUCCCUGGAUGCUCUAAUUGAACUUAGCAGUGGAAAAGUGAACAUCCAUGUACUAAUGGCGAUGGCUGCUUUUGCGUCUGUUUUUAUGGGGAACUCUUUGGAAGGAGGGUUGCUUCUUGCCAUGUUCAAUCUCGCGCAUAUAGCUGAGGAGUACUUCACGGGACGGUCGAUGAUCGAUGUUAAAGAGUUGAAAGAGAAUCAUCCUGAGUUUGCGCUUGUUCUUGACACCAGUGGUGAUAAGCUUCCUAAUACAUUCAACUUGGCGUACAAGAGUGUUCCUGUGCAUGAUGUAACUGUAGGAUCAUAUAUCCUUGUUGGUGCUGGUGAGUCUGUGCCUGUAGAUUGUGAAGUUUUCCAAGGCAAUGCUACAAUUACCAUCGAGCACUUGACAGGGGAAAUCAAACCAUUGGAGGCCAAAAUUGGAGACAGGAUACCUGGUGGUGCAAGGAACUUAGAUGGGAGGAUAAUUGUAAAGGUAACAAAGACAUGGAACGAAUCAACCCUAAACCGAAUUGUGCAAUUGACUGAAGAAGCACAGUUGAAUAAACCAAAACUUCAAAGAUGGUUGGAUGAAUUUGGUGAACGUUACAGCAAAGUAGUUGUGGUAUUAUCAGUUGCAAUUGCCGUUAUUGGGCCAAUUUUAUUUAAGUGGCCUUUCAUUAGCACACCAGGUAAGUUCUUAAUUCAUUUAUUCUAAAUUCCAAUUUCGAUUUUGGAAUCGAGAUUUACUUUAAACUUUUAUUUUUAUU